AUGCACAUUUCCACUCUUUUCACAACGUUCGCUUUGACACUCUCAGUUCAGGCCCAGCACCAUAAUGGAGCAGCGGCCGCUCGUGAGUUGCUUGAGAGAGCCGAGCUUUACCCUCAUACCACACCACCGCACUAUAGCCCUCCUCCGUAUCCAACAGGGUCUUUGCAUCCCACGAUAACCCCUCCGCCAGGGUUUUACUCGACGGGGCCAAGCACGUUUUCAACUCUUUUCUCCAGCAACACUACGAGCAAGCACAAGACGAAGAAGAGAACAAGCACCCGCCGUUCAAGUAGCCGCUCGUCAAGCCCUAGCAAAACUUCAAGCAGAAGCUCAAAGUCUUCCGGGUUCAGCACUGCCUCUUCUUCUAGUAUGAGCAGUAGCUCACGCGCGCCCCCAUCUUCAAGUUCCAAGGCUAGCAGCUCCCACGGUUCCUCCUCGUCUCACUCCAGCCUCAGCUUCAGCACGCGUCCAUCGUCAACACCCACCUCCGGCAUACAUUCAAGUAUCACAGGGCGUUCUACCCCCACCUUCAAUGCCAGUAAAAACCCCACCACCCCAGUUCCUAGUCCCAUAGAUGGCGGUGGGGCUGCUGCGCCUCCCGGUGGCAGCGGAGGUGGCAAUGGAGGUGGUGGCGGAGGCGGUGAUGGAGGCAGCGGCAAAGGCGGCGGCGGAGGUGGAGGUGGAGAUGGAGGUGCAGGCGGUGCAGGUGGUGCGGGAACCACAAGAACGAGCACGGGAUCUAGCUCUAGCUCCCUUCCGCCAACGCCAACCAAGUCGCUUCCGCUAGUCACACCGGCUGUUGGUACAACAUCAGGGUCAUCUAUUUUGGAAGUUGUGACGGCAACGAACAUCAACCCGCCCGCUUCAAGUAGUGCUGUGCCAUCCCCCGUUCCAUGCUAUAACUACGAGUGGUUUGCAUACGGAUGGUGCUGCCCUGGUCCAGGCGUUACUUGCAAGAAUGACGAUGGUAUCUGCUACUUUGAUGGUUCAGGAGGCACCGAUGUGUUACCAAAUUCGGCCGUUUGUCCGCCUGGAAACGCAAGCCAUUGA